AUGGUUGGUAAAAACCAAAAAAAAAACUAGAAAUAUGCAAUCUUUGACCUUAACAGUGUUUUACAGCUCAUACUCCUUCUGGUGUUGCCUUUCUGGCUUCUGAACGCGACUUUUCGACGAAUUCCCAUUUUCUUCACUUUCUGCGUCUUGGACUACUUCCUCAUCCCUACAGUUAUCCCUUUGUCUUUUCUUUCUUCCCUUUAUCAACAGUACAAGAGCAAAAUCUCAGUUCCCAACAGAAAUCUAACUUCAGGGCUUCGUACACUGAAUUAA